GUAGGAUAGUAACUUGCAUCUGUAUGCAUGCAAACAGUAAAAGUAUUCGAUAAGAGCUAUUUGUUUACCAAUUGCUAGUCGUCCAAGGAAAUUAGAAUGAGUGACGAUGAUCGUGAAAUCGACAUUGAGAGCGAUGAAGGCGACGACUCCGACUCUAGACAGAGGCAUUCGAAUAACACGCAAUAUUAUUCUCAAGCAGAGAAACGCGCACAUCAUAAUGCUUUGGAACGCAAGCGUAGAGACCAUAUUAAGGAUAGCUUCUCGAGUCUCAGAGACUCGGUACCGGCUCUGCAGGGCGAAAAGGUUGCGAGCAGAGCACAGAUACUCAAGAAGGCUGCGGAAUAUAUACAAUUCAUGCGCCGUAAGAAUUCCUCGCAUCAGCAGGACAUCGACGACCUGAAGCGCCAGAACAAUCUCUUGGAGUCUCAAAUUCGAGCACUAGAAAAAGCAAAGAUAACGGGAAAUUUUGCAGCGGAAACUUGCGAAGUGAAAUCAGAAGGCGUACCAAUGUCUGGGUACAACGACACAGAGUCUGAGUCUUCCGAUAGCGAAGCGAGCAGAACUAUACGUCAAUCGAAAAAGCUAAAAGUCGGAGGGCUUCAUCAUUGACCGAUGCUUUGAUCCACAAUCCGUUUCUGUGAAAAUUCACUUUCCUUUCGCGACCGAAUUCUAUAGAAGUAUUUAUUUCCCAAAAAAAAAGAAAA